GGUAUUUAAAACUUUUUGAGAACUGUCACAGGCUUUGUCAUCCCGAAAAUCGUGGCGUUUGUCGCGGUAUUAAUUAGUAUACAAACAGAAGCGUAUACUCGCCGCUCCUCUAUUACACAAGCCGAAGGAAAGGUUACUACGUGAACUCCCAAAGAAACUUUUCUUCAGCACUAACUUACUGAAGAUUUGCUGAGUGUGUGGGGAGCAUUCAAGAAGACACCCUGCUGCUUCAGUUUCUGCCACGUCUGGCUUCAGGAAAGUGUUUUCUUCUAGCCAUGUGGUUAACGGCACACAUACACCCCUCCGCCAUCCUGUUAUUGACCCUCAGCAGCCUGGCCUCUGCAGGUCCAUUGUCUCGGAGCCCUUGUGAACUUUUGCCAGUUGGUGUGGGUCACCCGGUUCAGGCCAUGUUAAAGAGUUUUACCGCCCUAUCAGGCUGCGCAAGCAGAGGAACCACCAGCCUCCCUCAGGAGGUGCACAUCAUCAACCUACGAAAAGGCAGUGCACAGGGAGCCAGAGAGAAAACGGCAGAGGUGGCGUUACAUCUGCGGCCCAUCCAGUCCCUGCAUGUGCACCAGAAACCUCUGGUUUUCAUCCUGAACUCCCCUCAGCCCAUCCUCUGGAAGCUCCGGACAGAGAAACUGGCCUCAGGAGUCAAACGCAUCUUCCAUAUUGCAGAGGGAUCCGAAGUGCACUUUGAAGUUGGGAAUUUCUCCGAGUCGUGUGAAGUGAAGGUGGAAUCUCUUCCUCAUGGCAAUGAGCAUCUGCUUAACUGGGCUCAUCACCGCUAUCGUGCAGUUACAUCUUUCAGUGAGCUCAGGAUGGCCCAUGACAUCUACAUCAAGGUUGGAGAAGACCCUGUGUUCUCUGAGACCUGUAAAAUCGAUAACAAGUUCCUGUCUCUGAACUACCUGGCCAGCUACAUUGAGCCCCAGCCAUCCACAGGCUGUGUUCUCUCAGGUCCUGAUCAUGAGCAGGAGGUUCACAUCAUUGAGCUUCAGGCACCAAACUCCAGCAGUGCAUUCCAGGUGGAUGUGAUUGUGGAUUUAAGGCCUAUGGAAGGUGACAUUCCACUUCAGCGUGACGUCGUGUUGCUUCUGAAAUGUGAGAAGUCGGUGAAUUGGGUGAUCAAAGCCCACAAAGUCAUGGGCAAACUGGAGAUUAUGACAUCAGAUACGGUCAGUCUGAGCGAAGACACAGAAAGGCUGAUGCAGGUGUCAAAGACGGUCAAACAGAAACUGCCCGCGGGGUCGCAGGCUCUCAUCCAGUGGGCAGAAGAGAACGGAUUCAAUCCCGUCACUUCAUAUACCAACACUCCUGUUGCCAAUCACUUCAAUCUGCGCCUCAGAGAACAAGUUUCAGAUGUAGGGAUCAUGGAUGAGGGAAUGUUGCCACCAUUUUCCAUUCUCCGCAAUAUCAAUCCACUUCCAAAGCCCAGCGCCCGGGAUGCUCCUCCACGGAAUGGUUUUCCUUUCCCCUUCCUGCCUAUGGACCAGGACCAGUCAUUCCCUCCUUUGAUGCCCCCUCACGAGGAUAGUGUUUUCUUGGCUGGGGGUCCCGAAGAGCACCAGGGGUCUGCAGAUGUAGGAUUCAAUGUGCAGUGUGAGAAGAACAGAAUGGUAGUCAGCAUUGAUAAGGAAACUCUACAGGCCAAUGGGUUUGGAAAACCCAAUAUCACUCUUCAGGACUCCCAAUGCAAAGCAGCCUCAAACGCCACCCAUUAUAUACUGGAGACGCCCCUGUCUGGCUGCCAAACCACCAAAAUCCCCUCUCACCCCAGCCCAGUGGUCCUCUACAUCAAUGCAAUUGUUAUUAGCCAAUCAGAGCAGAAAGAUGGAAGUGGCUGGCCCGUUGAUGAUGAAGAUAUGGAGCCUGGAGAAGUUUUAUUACCUGGAGAUGCAUCACCUGAGCUGACAGAAAGAAUUUUACCAGUAAACGGACAUCAUGCGACUAUUCUGUUCAACUGCACCUACCGCAAGAACCAGGACAGUCCAGUUGACACUGAUGCUGGAUCUGAUGAUUUCCUUGUAGAUUCUACAGCCAAUGUUACCUUCAACAUGGAGCUUUAUAACAACCCCUUCCAGUUCCCCAACAACCAGCCGUUCCUCACAGUCACGGAGAAUAGACCUGUCUUUGUGGAGAUUGCAGCCACAAAAGCGGACCCUAACCUUGGCUUCAUGAUCCAGACCUGCUUCAUAUCUCCAGACUCCAAUCCUGCCGUGCAGUCGGAGUAUGUUGUCAUAGAGAACAUCUGUCCCAAGGACGACUCUGUGGUCUAUUACCCUCAGCAUGGAGAUUUCCCCAUUCCUCACGCUCAGAUGGACAAAAAACGCUUCAGCUUCACCUACAGAUCAAAGUUUAACGUGUCAUUGCUCUUCCUGCACUGUGAGAUGUCGCUCUGCUCCAGAAGAAUUGACAAGGAGAUGAACCUGGCCGAGUGUAUGUUACCGGAUGAAGCCUGCACUUCCCUCAGUUUAGAAAGCAUCCUACUCAUCAUGAUGAACACAAAGACCUUGACCAAACCAAUAGUGGUCAUAUCUGAUGACAUGCCAGUCACUGUUAAGGUCCCUCGGGAUGAAAGUCCACCACGUCAAGGGAUCAUAUAUGUCUUGGACACCCCGACUGUGGUGGGCAUUGCGUUUGCUGCCUUUGUAAUCGGAGCCCUUCUGACUGGAGCUCUAUGGUUCAUCUACUCGCAUACAGGUGGCACAGCAGCAGGACAGCAGGUGCCGAGCUGUCCGCCAGUGUCUGAGAACAGCAGCGCAGCUCACAGUAUUGGCAGCACACAGAGCACACCGUGUUCAAGCAGCAGCAACGCGUAGAACAGCUGGAUUGUCUUCUGCUUGCAGUGCCAUUUGUGGAAGAACAUGUGAAUAAGUAGCACAACAGGCCUUUUUAUUUUCAUUAUUUGAACUGAAAUGUUUAGGCUGAGUAUACAGUCCUGUUGAAAUAAGCUACAUUUACAGAUGAGGGAAGAAACAAAAUUGAGAUUUUUUUUCUUUUUUUUCUUGAACUCCACAAGAGUGCUGUUUUUGCCUUAAAUGGCUGAGAUCAGUGUGAAAAUAACAAAGGCUGUUUACAGCAGUCAUUAUGGCUCAAAGGCAGUCUCCAGCAACAGUUAGUACUGUGAGGUUACAUAAGGGGUCUGUCUGGCUGUAAACAGAAAUGCCUUGCCAAAUCAAGUAUACUUAUAUGGGUCAAAGACAAGACGUCUUGUUUUGGUAUAUGCAUCAAAUUUAAUUUAUAGAUGGUUUACGUACACAUAAAGCAUAAUCAAGUGAAGUGUCUACUAAGUUUAUAAUCACUUUAGUGAAAAUGUUUUUUUUUUUUUUUUAUUGUGUCUUUCAGCGUAACAUUUACACUGUAAAAAAUGCUGGCUUCCAUACAAUUGAUUUGUGUUGGGAAAACAUGAAGGAAUUAAGUUAACUGGUUAGUUUUGUCAAAUGUAUGUAGAUUAAACUUAAAACAAUUAAGUUUCCCCCCCCCCCCCCCGAAAAACUCAAGAAUUGUUUUGUUUCAUGUCAAUUUAAAUAAGUAGUUUGAACAAACAGCAAAUGUCUUUUUAGCAAACUAAUUUUUUUUGCUUUAAAACAGGGGUCUCAAACUGCCAACGAGAUCCCAACAAAACAUAUAUUUUUGACUCAACAUCAUUGUGUAGUCGCAUAUAGCCGCUGGAGAUUUUGACCCUCACUUACUUGACAUGUAAAGUACUGUACUAUAUAUUCCAACUCAGGCUCAUUCUGAAAAUGUAGUUCUAUGGAUGUUUCUGGAUACUGCAAAAUACGUUCGGGGAGGUACGUAUUUUUGCAGGUUUUGUUUUCGCGAAUCCACGAGAGGCUGCUGCGUGCGCUUUUUCAUAUCUCAAAUCUCUCUCGCGAGUGCCAUUCGUGCUCGCUGUUCUUUCGUAAACCCACCAGAGGCUGCUGUUGACUGACUAUCUGUCUGACUGACUGAAUGACUGACUGGCCGACCGACAAAUCGAUUGACCCACUCUCCUUCUUCCCUAAACCCAACCAAUUUUAUCGAUUGACCCGCCCACCCACUUACCUCCCUAAACCCAACCAACAAUUUACAAAAGCCAUCCAGAAAGAGAAAAGCCCUCAUCUGAUUUUUAUGAUGAUUUUGGAUUUUACCACAUUCUCACCGUUAUUCAAUUUGGACCUGAUUUCUGGAACGUGGUCAACUCCUCUCUGCGUCUCAAGUCGGCUGACAUACAUGACGAGCUAAUUGGACAAACUGGUUGCAGCGGGAAAGCCCUCCUCAUGGAGGUAAGCUGGCAAGCGCGAAAAGGACCGGCGUCAUACCGCCCCGUAGUGUUCGUUUAAAAAUUAAAUGCAGCCAUACGUACCUCCGGCUACAUAAUUGGCGGUCUCCAGAAACGUCCAUGGGACUACGUUUUCAGAAUGAGCCUGUGUUGAUAUAUUCAGGAUACUUACGGUUUCUCUCAGCGUGUGCAUGAGUAAAAUUUGACUGCUGGCUAAAUUAAACAUGUUAAAGUAAAGUUUUACGAA